UUACUAGAAGCUUAAGGCUCUUAAAUAAAUGAAAUGAUGUGAGGCCAUCCACAUACAGCCCCCUUUUCAAAUCCAUUCAUUGGUUCAUUUGGACUCCAUCUUCGCACUGCUGGAAGCUUCUUACCUCCCCCUUACCCCACAACGCACCCCAUAUCUCCCCCACUACACCCAUCAACUCUUCUUAAAUUCUUAAACCUCCUCUCUUUCUCUUCCCCUAACCCGAUACCACCACUCCAAUGGCUAAGGCUUUAACACCGCUGUUCUUGCUCUGCUCCCUUCUACUCUGCGCCACCCUGUUCUAUCUCCAACUCCAGCCUCUCUACGCCUCCUCCCAAUCCGAUCAACUCAUCCUCCUCGAUCUCACGCACUCUCUUACCCAUUCUGAUUCCCCCAAUGCCACCAUCCACCACCUUCUCAAAACUUCCUCGAUCCGCUCCGCCGCCCGCCACCACCGCCGCCGCCGCCGCCGCCAGCAGCGCGGCCAGGUCUCCCUCCCCCUCUCCGCUGGCAGCGACUACACCCUCUCCCUCACCGUGGGCCCCCCCGAUUCCCCUACCACCGUCCAGCUCUACAUGGACACCGGCAGCGACCUUGUCUGGUUCCCCUGCUCCCCCUUCGAGUGCAUCCUCUGCGAAGGCAAAGAAAUCCCCUCCGCCUCCCCGUCUACUCCGCCUCCGCCCCCCGCGGGCUCUCAUCUAGUGUCAUGCCGCUCCGCCGCCUGCGCCGCCGCCCACUCGGCCAUCGCCUCCUCGUCGUCCUCCUCGUCGGACCUCUGCGCCAUCGCCGGCUGCCCCCUCGACGCCAUCGAGACGGCCUCCUCCUGUGCUGCCCACCACUGCCCCCGCUUCUACUACGCCUACGGCGACGGUAGCCUCGUCGCCCGCCUCCGCCACGGGCCACUCUCCGCCGGGCCCCUCCGCCACCCAGACUUCAUCUUCGCCUGCGCCCACUCCGCCCUCGCCGAGCCGGUCGGCGUCGCCGGCUUCGGCCGCUCCGGCCCCCUUUCUCUCCCCUCCCAGCUCGCCGCCCUCUCCCCCUCCCUCGCUGCCCGCUUCUCCUACUGUCUCGUCUCCCACUCCUUCCGCCCCGACCGCCUCCUCCGCCCCAGCCCCCUCAUCCUCGGCCGCCCCCUUCCCACCUCCGGUCCAUCCGAACCGGACUUCCGGUUCGUCUACACCCCCCUCCUUCCCAACCCCAAGCACCCCUACCUCUACUCCGUCGCCCUCCUCGCCCUCUACGUCGGCCCGACCCGCAUCCCGACCAGGCCCGAUUUGUCCACCGUCGAUUGGAACGGAAACGGCGGGAUGGUGGUUGAUUCAGGCACCACCUUCACCAUGCUCCCGGCCGAAACCCACUCCAAUCUAACCGCCGAGUUCGACCGGCAGAUGGUGCGAGCCGGUUUCGACCGGGCGGUCCGGACGGAGUCUGAGACCGGGCUGGGUCCGUGCUACUAUUGGGGGUCGGACCGGAACGCGAGCCGGAGGGUUCCCAGGCUGGCUCUCCACUUCUCGGGGGACGCGAGCGUUGCGCUGCCACGCAGGAACUACUUCAUGGGGUUCGAGAGCGGAGGGAAAAGGGUGGGAUGUCUGAUGGUGAUGAGCGGCGGUGAUGGAGAGGAGGAGGAGGAGGAGGAGGACUACGGUGGACCCGCGGGUACACUUGGGAACUUCCAGCAGCAGGGUUUCGAGGUGGUCUACGAUCUGGAGGGCAAGCGGGUGGGGUUCGCCCGGCGGCAGUGCGCCGCCCUCUGGGACUCGCUGUCACGUGGGUGAGUCCGAAGUCACGUUCGUCGCACGCGUGGGUGAGAGAGCAGUGGGGGUGGGUGGGUUGACUACUGUGGACCUGUGCGCACGUGCGGCGUUGGGUGAUGGUUUGUCUUUUUAUCCUGCUUCUCCAAGUGGGCUUUGGUAUCGGUGCACACAUCAUGCGUUCCACGGAAGUCUCUGUAAGCGAGGGAUUGUAUGUAAAUUAGGAGGACGUAAGGGUUCAUGUUGUAAAGGGUGUUGAUAUGGUCUCAGGUAUCGGGGACAGGGGCAUCCUGGGAAGGUGCACAUGAGUGGGUAUCAUAGGGAGCAUAAAUUGUACAGCUGUGCAGUAUAUCCGCUUCAACUUAAAACUUUAAGCAAUCCGAAAUAAUGUUCUAUUAUUUUUUUAAUUUACAAAAUAGUUGCAUCACCCAUCUUUCUAUAGAGAAUUGAUGGAAGGGCUCGAUCGAGAAAGUGUAUUAUGGGGUUCCAAAAUAUAUAAAAAAUGGCACAAUCAUCAGCUUA